GUGUGCAUUUGGCAGUGGCAGGGGAAGGUCACGUCGCUCUCAGUGCUCGCUUGGUACUGUGCUGGUGGUAGUGUCCAGUGUCACGCCGAGAGUGCCACACCACCCACUGGAUUACACCUCCCCAAGCCACUCCCCAAGGACUUAGACAAGUUAUUCAGUGCCUCAUUUGAUUUUAAGAUGCUAAGAAUGACCACGUGAUCCUGCCACCACCACCACCACCACCACACACCACCACCACCACCGCCACCACCAUCCGGCCAGCGUGGGGCGGCGCGGGUAUCUUACUUCACCCGCCAAGAUGAGAUUGCUGCACGGCCUAUGUCUAUGUCUACUCGCGGCCGUUCUUCUGUGUCCAGGAGUGAGGGCGCAGGAUGAUGAGGCGGAGCUACAGGCGGACGAGAGGCGUGAGGGAGGGCGAGGGACGAGGAGACAAGGUGUGAGAGGGAGAACGAAGGUAUUCCGCACCUCUUCUUCCAGUACCCGUGUUAUUAGGCCAGGGGUGGAGGGUGACGGUAGCAGCAGCAGCAGCAGUGUGGUGUACGGGUCCUCCUAUAUCCCCUCCACGGAGCGGCGCAACAGGGGCCGUGGCAGAGGCAGGGGGAGGGGCAGGGACAGGAACAGACAGUCGUCCUCCUCGUCCUCGUCGUCCUUCCAAACGUCCUCCAUAAGCUCCUCGUCCUCCUCCGUGACGGGACGAGACGGUGUGGUGCGCGAGACAGUGACGCGGACCUCUUACGGUAGUCCCGGCUCUGGCGUGCGCAAUGACUCCUACUCCUUCACCAACACCUACCCCGGCUCAUCCUCCUCCUCCUCUUCCUCCUCUUCUUCCUCUUCCUCCUCCUCCUCCGGGGGGUCUCCCGCUAUCGUGGAAGAGUCGUACUUCAACCGUGGCGGGCAGACUGAUAACAGACAGGGCUACUUCCACUGGAAUGGCAGAGACGGCAGCGGCAGCGGCAGCAGCAGCAGCAGCAGCGGCAGUGAUCGAGGCGUGAGUGGUGUGUCGUCAUCCGUGUCUCGCCGCGUCAAGACUACCAAGACCACCACCACCACCACCCAGACGCGGCCCGGCACCACCACUCGCUUCACCUACAGGCUGCCAGGAGUCACGGGCGGCACUGCCAUCAGGAACACCACCACCUACACCUACACGUCCUCCUCGGGGCGCGGCGGUGGUGGCGGUCGUGGCGGCGUCACCAGCGGCACGCAGACCACGGAAAGCCGCUACCAGACCACCAGGGACCGGUAUGGGGGCCGCGGCCAGACCAGCACCGGGGAGGGCUUCGGGGAGACCUACAGGAAGAACACGGAGGAGGCGGUGGAGACGCAGGUGUACGAGGAGGAGGGAUACAGCGAGGAGUUUGCCCGCGGUCCUUACAUCUCCGAGCAAGACCGCCUUAACCCUCUGGUGCUGCGAGGGUUUGGGGCCUCGCCAGGGUAUGGCCGGGAGACGCAUCCCUGUGACCAGAGUUCCUGCUACCCAGCCACUGGUAACCUGCUCAUUGGCCGAGAGAGCAGCUUGGCCGCCACCUCCACCUGUGGGCUGAACAGGAGGGAGCGGUACUGCAUUGUGUCCCAUCUGAAGGACCGCAAAAAGUGCUUCUGGUGUGACUCCCGCCCACAAUGGGAUGGCAACCCUCGCUACUCCCACAAGAUCUCCAACAUUGUCUACAGGUUUGACCCAAGGACAAGACAACGGUCAUGGUGGCAGAGUGAGAACGGGCUGGAGAUGUCGAGUAUCCAGCUGGACUUGGAGGCUGAGUUCCAUUUCACUCAUCUCAUCCUGACCUUCCGUACCUUCCGCCCCGCCGCCAUGCUCAUCGAGAGAUCCUUCGACUUCGGCAAGACUUGGAAGGUGUAUCGCUACUUUGCCUACGACUGUAACGACGCCUUCCCGGGAGUGAAGAAAGGAGUGCCCACCUCCAUCAAUGACGUGGUGUGUGAGUCUCGCUACUCUGCUGUCGAGCCAUCCACUGAGGGAGAGGUUAUCUUCAGAGUCCUGCCACCCAACAUUCACAUUGACAACCCCUACAGUGACGAGGUCCAGAAUUUGCUCAAGAUUACCAACCUCAGAGUUAACUUCACCAAGCUCCACACCCUUGGAGACCAGCUUCUCGACAGCCGGCUAGGAAUUAAGGAGAAAUACUACUACGCCAUCUAUGACAUGGUGGUGAGAGGUUCCUGCUCCUGCUAUGGCCAUGCCUCCCGCUGCCUCCCACUGCCAGGUGUGGAGGACAAGCCUGGCAUGGUGCACGGCCGCUGCGAGUGCACACACAACACCAAGGGACUCAACUGUGAGAGCUGUGAGGACUUCUACAAUGACUUGCCAUGGAGGCCAGCUGUUGGGAAAGAGUCCAACGCUUGCAAGAGGUGCAACUGCAACAACCACGCAUCAAUGUGCCACUUUGAUUCACAAGUGUACGAGGAUACAGGCUUUGUGUCUGGCGGCGUGUGUGACGACUGCACCCACAACACCCAGGGCAGGAACUGUGAGGAAUGCAUUCCUUACUACUACCAGGAUCCAGAGAGGGAGCUUUAUGACCCUGACAUCUGCCAGCCGUGCAACUGUGACUCCCGAGGUUCAGUGGACAACGCCAUUUGUGACUCCCGGUCUGACCUUGUGGCUGGACUGCUGGCGGGUCGCUGCCACUGCAAGACCAACGUGGACGGCCUCAAGUGUGACCGUUGCAAGGCUGGUUACUGGAACUUCUCCUCGGAAAAUCCUGAAGGAUGCCAGGAGAUGACCGAGGAUUAUUUAAGUCAGCCCAGAUCUGAGUGGCCAAGGAAACCAUGCACCUGCAACACUCUGGGCACCAUCAACAAUGAAGGCUGCAAUGUCAUCAGUGGUGAGUGUGCCUGCAAGCGCUUUGUGGUUGGCCGUGACUGCAACCAGUGUCUGCCGCAGCACUACGGCCUCUCAGAGCACCCCGACGGCUGCCAGCCCUGCAACUGUGACCCCGGCGGUGCCCUGGACAACGACUGUGAUGUGCUUAAUGGACAGUGCAAGUGCCGCCCUCACGUGUCGGGCCGCAAGUGUGACGUGCCAGAGGAGGGUUACUAUGUGGCUGCUCUGGACUACCUCACCUAUGAAGCUGAACUGGCCCGAGGCUCUGAGCUUUAUUGUGAGGAAGCAAGUCUGUUUGGCAUCAGAUCGCCAGGUAGAAGAAACUGUCAGGUGGUGAUGCGGGGCCUGGACGGACGAGAGGCCACCUGGACGGGGCUUGGAUUCAUGCGGGUGUUUGAAGGAUCCUACCUGGAGUUUGACAUUGAGAACAUCGAGACCAGCAUGGACUACGACUUUGUGAUUCGCUACGAGCCUCAGUUCCGAGGCACCUGGGAGAACGUGAUGGUGACCAUUGAGCGGCCUGGCCCCCUGGACCCUAAUGGCCCCUGUGCCAACACCCGCCCCACUGACGACCAGAUGGUGAUCAGCCUGCCCGACGGUCGCCGCCACGUGAAGCUCUUCCCACCAGUGUGUCUGGAGGCCGGCAAGCACUACAAGGUCAGGAUAGACUUCAGGAGGUCCAACGCCCACACAGACUCACCAUCAGCAUCCAUCCUCAUUGACUCCAUUGUCCUCAUUCCCCGAGUGGAGAGCAUCAACUUCUACUCUGGCUCAUUGAUAAAUGACAACCGGCGUCAGGAGUUUGAGCGCUACCGGUGCAGCGAGACCUUCUAUGAGGGACAGAAUCUUGCCACCGUGCCAGAGGUGUGCAAGGACAACCACCUGGACAGCAUCGGCUUCCAGGUGUUCGGACAGGCUUAUUCCUGCCAGUGUGACGGCACUGGCAGCAAGAGCAGCAUAUGCAGCUACCUGGGUGGCCAAUGUGAGUGCAAGACCAAUGUUGUGGGUCGCCGGUGUGACCACUGCGCUCCCGCCACCUAUGGCUUUGGUCCUGAGGGCUGCAAGGUGUGUGACUGCAGCCCUGUGGGUGCCCUGGAUAACUUCUGUAACCAGCAGACUGGUCAGUGCAAGUGCCGUCCCAACACGUAUGGUCGCCAGUGCAACGAGUGCCAACCUGGGUUCUGGAAAUUCCCGAACUGCCAGCGAUGUGAAUGCAACGGCCACGCUGACACCUGUGACUCCUACACCGGCGUGUGCCACGAGUGCCGCGACAACACCACCGGUGCCAACUGUGACGUGUGUGUGGAGGGCUUCUAUGGGGACCCCAGACUGGAGGUGGGCAUCGCCUGCCGCCCCUGCCCCUGCCCAGGAACUGUUGAUUCCGGUCACAGCUUUGCUGACCGCUGCUCCCUUGACCCGCGCACCAAGGACGUGGUGUGUGAGUGUGCUGAGGGAUAUGCUGGGUCCCGUUGUGAUGUGUGUGCCGACAACUUCGGUGACCCCGAGGUGCCGGGCGGCCAGUGCCAAUCCUGCGACUGCAACAACAACAUUGACAUCUCCAGACCCGGCAAUUGUGACGGGCGGACGGGCGAGUGCGAGCGGUGCCUUUUCAACACCUUUGGCUUCCACUGUGAGAGGUGCCAGCCUGGCUACUAUGGGGAUGCUCUCAACCAGGAGUGUCGCGAGUGUGUGUGCAACCUGUUGGGCACCAACCAGACCAUCGGCGCCUGUGACCACGAGACUGGCCAGUGUCCAUGUCUGCCCAACGUGCUGGGGCUGGAGUGUGACCGCUGUGCUGCCAGCCACUGGAAGAUUGCCUCUGGAAGUGGCUGUGAGGCGUGUGCAUGUGACCCCAUUGGCUCCUACUCAGACCAGUGCAAUGAGCACGAGGCGUGGCAGUCAAGAUCUGCUUUUGAUGGACAGUGCCAGUGCCGGCCUGGCUUUGGUGGGCGGCAGUGCAACCAGUGUGAGACAAACUAUUACGGUGACCCUCGUGUUGAGUGCCUGUCUUGUAACUGCAACCGUGAAGGCUCAGAAACCCUGCAGUGCGACCAUGAGACUGGCUGGUGUGAGUGCCGGGAGGGAAUUGGAGGGACCAAGUGUGAUGAGUGUGCUCGUGGCUAUACAGGCCAGGCUCCAUACUGCCAGCCGUGUGGAGAGUGCUUCGACAACUGGGACAUCAUCCUCACCGAGCUUAGAGAUCGCACCCAAGGCCUCAUAGCUGCUGCCGGGGAGAUCAAGCAGACGGGAGCCACUGGAGCAUACAGCCUUGAGUUUGAUUCCAUGGAGGAGAAGAUUGAAGAUGUGAGGGAGAUUCUCCUCUCUGCUAAUCUCACCUCUCAGAGUCUGGCUUCUCUUAAGGAACUCAUUGCUGAACUCAGUGCAAACCUGACAUCAGCCUCCUUGAAUCUUGAGGGGCUGGAGCAAGGCAUUGACAACACCACACAGAGGAAAGCACUGGCCACCAAUGCUCUGGCUGACCUGCGUGUCCAGGCUGAGGAGCUGAGGGAUGAUGCAGGGGACAUGAAGGCCAAGGCAACCAAGCUUCAGGAGAGGAAUGUGGAGGGUGCACUCAACUUGACCCGACACGCUGGAGAACGCUCCCGUGCCGCCCAGGACAGAGUGGGACUCACUGAGGUCAUCAUCUCCGAGUCUGAGAGGAACAGGCGGCGCACAGAGACCCUGCUGCUACAUAUGGGUGACUCCUUCAACCGCACACAGGCAGAGAAUGAGGCCAAACUGGCAGACCUGAGUGGCCUGCUGGAUGGUGUGGAGGACAGCAUGCCGGACCUCAAUGAGCACGUGUGUGACCACCGCGGCGACCCUUGCGAUGCCUUGUGUGGCGGUGCCGGCUGUGACAAGUGUGGUGGGCUGUCCUGCAACGAGGGUCUGGUCAAUAUCGUUGAACUGGCACUCACGUUUGCUGAGGAUGCCGAGACGGAACUUAAGAAGAAGGAAGCCUCUGCUGACGAACUCCUGCGGGGAGUGUCAGGAGCCAGGCGGCAAUCAGACGUGGCAUUUGACCUGGCCAAGAUGGCAUUUGAACUCACCCUCCAGGGCCUCAAUGUUUCCAGCACCUACAAGGCCGAGAUCAACAAACUCUUGAUGGAGAUUGAGGAGUAUUUCAGCACUCCUGGCUCCAGCCCCAAUGAGAUCAAGGAGCUGGCAGAACAGGUUUUGGCGCUCGACAUCUCCCUCAGGCCGGAGCAAAUCACUGUCCUGGCUCAGCGAAUCACUCUCACCAUUGAGUCGCUGACAGACAUUGAUACCAUCAUCGAUGCCACGAGGAAUGACCUGGCCCUUGCUCAGCAGCUCAAAGAGCGAGCUGACCAGGCCAAGCAGAGAGCAGAAGGCACACUGGGAGUGGCAGAGCGUGUGGUGGAGGCCUUGGCGGAGGCUGGCAAUGCCCAGUCAGGUGCUGAGGCUGCCAUCAUGGAUGCCAGUGGUGACAUUGAGGCCACUCAGAAUCACCUCACACAGAUCACCAGCGAGACCAGUGUGGCGUUUGAGAGAGCCAACGCCUCUUUGUUGGAGGUGCAGAUGCUGGAGACUCGUGUGGAGCAGGUGAAGGCAAAGUACCAACUCAACCAGCGUCACCUGGAGGACACCAACAGUGCUGUGGACCAGGCAGACCUCAAGGCCAAGAAGGCAGCCAAUGACGCCAGACUGCUGGAGGAUAAAUACCAGGCUGUGGUGACCUUGUUGAAUGAGAAGUCCACCUCAGCAGGGGAUGCCAGGAGGAGAGCUGAGGAGCUGAAGAACAGCGCUAACAAGUUGGCUUUUGAGGCUCGACUCAAGCUUCAUGCUCUGAGAGACAUUGAAACAGACUUCAAAAGCAAUGAGGACCUGUUGCUGGACUACGAGGGCGUCAUCCAGGCCAUGGAGGAGGACAUGACGGAAUACAAUGAGUACAUCCUUCAGAAGACCGAGUUCUAUGCCGUGUGCCAGUCGGGGAGGCGUUGAGGUGUGGUGGCCGACAGAGGCACCCCACCACUUGCAGGUUGUGGCCAACAGUUUAUAGUUCACACUUAACCCUCUGAAUGUCUGUCACUGAAUGAUACAUGCUAAUUUAUUUGAAUAGUCUGACACAAUUUCACCAGGUAAAAAAUAACUACAAGCACUAAAGGUUUGAAUUAUGCCAUCACCUCUUUUGUUGUGAGUGUCAUCUCAAAAUUGUAAACCUGCACCACAAUAUUUUAGCCCGAGGAGGAACGGUAGCAGUCAGAGGGUUAAUACACAGUGUGCAGAUACACAAAGCAAGACAGUUUAUUCUGGAGUGUCCAUGCAGGAGAAUAACAGUAAUAGUGCACACAACUGACAACUGUAAGCAAUUCUCUAAUGACAAAUAUCAGUGCUAUACAUUUGUACAUGUGUAAUAUUUAGUUUUUUUUUUUUUUUUAUGUGUAAGAAGUCCCACAAAAUUUACUGAAGAAUGAUAGUGCUACAGAUUAUACUUGGACUGCUCAAAAUGAAUAUUUCCAGCCAGGUAUCCAGUCCUGUGUGCCUUUCUUAACAGACAUUCUCACUCAUGUUUCAGACCCAUUCACACUCUGUACUGUGUGUGUGUGUGUGUGUGUGUGUGUGUGUGUGUGUGUGUGUGUGUGUGUGUGUGUGUGUGUGUGUGUGUGUGUGUGUGUGUGUGUGAGAGUGAGUGUGAAUGGUGACACUCCCCUCCCAGUCCAACACAAAGCAGGGAGUAGAAAGUGCCUCAGUUUCUCAGAGUGAGUGAAGACUAGAUAAAGAGGUAGAGUGUUGAGUCUUUAUUUUUAUUUAUUUGUUUGACUUCUUGCAGUAUGAUGGUGAGUAAUGUUUAGUAGCACAUUUUUUAUGGUUAAAUCUUUGCUCUUUGACUUUUCUUUGUUUAGUUGUCGCAAGUCGUUGUGCCUGUAAUGCUGCAGUGCCUUUGCUCUUUAGUGGUCUCCUCCUGGACUUAGAAAUUCAUUGAAAUGUUACUAAACUCAUCACUGUAAGUUGGAUAAUGAAAAAAAUAUAAAAAUCCUACCAUUCUUGUGCCAAAAUAUCACAACCACAAAUAAAAGUAAUAGAUGAUAGGUGAUAUUUGAGAUUGUAUUUGAAUGGGAGACUGAAUACCUUAAUUAUUACUAAAUCUUAGGCUUAGUGUUAAGGAAAGAAGUCGUUUCAUGAAGAGAACAAUGAUGUGUACUAAAAUCUUUUCCUCUUGGUCAAGCCGAGGAAAUGUUAUUGUUUGAGACGUUAAUUGUCUCUGUGCCAAACCUUCUGUGUAGAUUGUUAGACACUGCCACAUACCAAAGUCUCAGUGCUUGUAAUAUAAUGACGACAGCACAAUUGUGUCCUUUUAUACAAUUUAACUUCUCUCUGAUGUUUUCCUUCCACGGCAGAAUAACCAGCUAUUAACUAGUCCAUGCUGUCAGUGCUGUACAUAAACCAACGUUAGCAUCAAGCUGACAUGCAUCUUUGUUGUGGGUUGUUUUUAGGAUGUCCUCUCAGGCUUGCCAUGUGUCAAUCCUGUGUUUUCCCUGGCUUGCAUUGAAUCUUUUUGUGGGGAUGUGAGGUGCAGCUGCAUCAGGAAGGAAAUACAAUGAGUGGCUGACUAUCAAUAAGAAAAAUUCCUGAAUCAAAUUGAUCUGCUAAUUCCUCCUAUGCAAUUAGACUAAUGUAUGAUGAUAAGAUUGUACAAAAUAAGCUAACACCCUAAUAUUAUAUAAGAAAAAUUAUUGCAUUGUGUAUUGCAUUGGACACAUCUGUUAGUUACAAGUAUACAUAGCAGUUAAGGAUGUCAUAGGUUACCUACUACAUGUACUACUCAGUCCAUAAUGUGCUCUCACACCCCUUAUAAAUAAAUUUCCUUAUCUUGUAAGAAAAA